AUUAAUUGCUAUCGUGUUUCUUCCUUUAAAAGAGGAUGAAUUUCGAACAGUGUAUCUUCUGGUUUACUGUGUGUUUUUUGUUUUCUUGUUCUUCAUGGAGAGCUGAAGGGAUAGAUAUAGAAUGCAUAGCCGUAGAAGAUUGUCCAUUAGCCAUGAAACUAGUUUCAACAAAAAAAUUCGCUCCAGAAACCGUCCGCUUUCUCAAGAAUUCCCACUGCGGAUACUCUGAAACUAAAUCUCCACUGGUUUGGUGCCCCAGACUAAAUUUCUGCACUACUCCUGAUGGUCGAAAUGGAACCUGUACUAACAUAGUCGACUGCCAGUAUUUGUUGAACACAGCGACAACGACAAAUUUCAUAAAAGACUACAGAUGCCACAGAUACUUGAGGAAUCGUGUUCAUGUUUGUUGUCCACAAGAGAGCCAUGAAAUGGAAAACAGAUUCAUGGAAAACAAUGAUUCUGAUGACUAUAUAGAACAAGAGGAACCUUAUAUAUUUGAUAACCCAACUGGAUUUUCCGCAAGACCUCCAUCUUUGGAUACUCCGAACUUUAUUAGUGACAGAAGAGAAGAGGAAAAUUUCCCAGAAGAUCAAUCGCCUUCUUCAACUCAUGCAAAACAUUUUACCAACGGUGGACAUACAUCCUUCUCAAGAAAUCACCAACCACUCUUCCAUAGGCAUCUUCAUUCAUACUACCACAACCAUAUGAUCAAAAAUAGGCUAGAGGAAGAUGAAUAUUAUGAUAGAGAUGAAAAGCGAGCAACCAUUGGAGAUGCUGCAGCUGAUGAGGUUUUGAGAAACCAUAUACGAGGUGACGACUAUGCAGACUAUUCGACCACAAAAUAUUCUGGAAAUGAUUUCCAGACUAAAAGACCUAGCACUGCAGAAAUGUACUCCGAUGUUGACGAAUUUCAAUCGCCUUCAGGGAUACACAUGUCACAACCAAAGAAGAGAGAUUUUACCACCACACCUACAAUUAUCCCUUCACCUACUCAAACGAACUUCAGAAGUUGGAAAACUUCGGGUCAGCGAGAAAACAAAUCAGAAGACAGAGAUCUUUCUAGAACUAGUGUUUUCGAAAAAUUUUCAUCGAUCUGUGGCAGACAAACUGCAAAUAGCGACAAAAUCAUGGGUGGUACUACUAGUGAUUUGGGGGAGUAUCCUUGGAUGGCACUCUUGCAAUAUACUAGUAAUCAGGGUAAAAAGUUUGGUUGUGGUGGCACUCUGAUCAGCAAUAGACAUAUUUUAACUGCGGCUCAUUGUGUGAAUAGGAAUAUUUUGAGAGCAAAAAGACUGGAACUAUACAAGGUAAUUUUGGGGGAAUAUGAUACCAGAAAUGAAACAGACUGUAUUUACCUACCAUUUGGGAAAAAAUGUGCUGACCCAUCAAAAGUUUAUGGAAUUGGAUCUGUAGUAGAACACAAGGAAUUUGAUGGAGUUAAUGGCACAGAUGACAUAGCACUGAUAGUGUUGGAUAGAGAAGUUGAAUUCACAGAUUACGUCAAACCAAUCUGCUUUCCUUUUGACACUAUCACAAUGAAGACCAAUGAAUCUUUAACAGUAGCUGGAUGGGGAAGGACAACAAGUACAGAAUCUUCGAGUCCAAUUCUGAAGAAAGCCACACUCCCUAAUGUGGAUAAAGAAGAUUGCAACCAAUAUGGUAAAUUCCUGACACAAGGUCAAAUAUGUGCAGGUUUUGGCAAUGGUGUUGAUACCUGCACAGGAGAUUCAGGAGGUCCUCUGAUGCUGCUGAGGGCACAGAACUUCGAAUUUAUCACCUAUCAAAUAGGGAUAGUUUCUUACGGAUUUGUUGCCGAGGAAUGUGGAAGUGCUCCGUCCGUUAAUACAUUCGUUCCCUACUAUAUGGAUUGGAUCAGGAGGAAUAUUCGUUGAAGAAGAACUACAUGAGUGUUUGUUCUGAACUCCCGGAGAUGUCGGACUGUUUUUGGUAUAAAAUUCCAAGAUAUGUAGCGGAUCUUGCUUGUAUCAUCCAUGUGAUACAAUAAGGAACAAUCAUGAAUGAAAUCAAAAGAUAAAUAUUUAUAUAUUUGAAAUUGUUAGUUCAUAUAUAAAUAAACAAUAAUUAAAC